UACAGGAACGGGUAAAUAUCAGGGCGCUAUCUUUCAUUAUACAUGAUUUCAAUGCCUCAAAUGCUGAAUAUGUUUCUCUAUGUAAGCUCACACAAUAUCUUAAACAACUUUUAAAAACGCUUUGUUAUGAAGGGAGAGCGGUAUCGCGAGAUUUGGAUGAGUUGACUGAACGCCACGUCUUUGGAGAAACAGAACACCAGCUUCUAGUGGACUGGAAGUUUGGUCCUCACACCUUCAGCCUGUCUCCCGACGCACGUCCCCGGCGACCAAACGUCUGUCCUCCAACCGUAAGCCUCUGUGAAGGAACGCCACCAUGGCUGACGCGAAGCUACUGACGCUGUCGCUGCUGCUGCUGCUGGCCGCGCAGUCGUGCAGCCCUCACUCCCACUCGCACGGCGAGGGCGGUUGCCAUGGCCACGCUCACGGCGGCUCGCAGAAGAAGAUGCACCACGGGGCGAGCAAGUGGAGCGCCGAGGCCAACGUGGCCCCCACCGACGAGGACGGCCACGGGCAUGCUCACGACCACGGGCACGGGCAUGACCACGGGCACGCCCACGACAACGGUCACCACCACGGGCACGCCCACGGGGGGGAUCAGGUGGUGCACGUGCACAAAGAGGGCGAACACCGCCAGAAGAGGGAGGCGGAGUCAGGGAAGAGAGACACGCUGGAGCUCUGGAUCCAGGCGUUGGGAGCCACCAUGCUGAUCAGCGCGGCGCCCUUCCUCAUCCUCUUCCUCAUCCCGGUGCAGUCCAACAGCGAGCAGCACCAGAACCUCCUGAAGGUCCUCCUCAGCUUCGCCUCGGGGGGCCUGCUGGGGGACGCCUUCCUGCACCUCAUCCCACACGCCCUGGAGCCUCACUCUCACCAUGGCAACGAGGAGGCGGACCACGGCCACGCCCACACGGAGGACGCGUCUGCAGACCACGGACACGCCCACGGUGCCAACCAUCGCCACAUGAUGUCCGUGGGGCUCUGGGUGCUGGGGGGCAUCGUGGCCUUCCUGGUCGUGGAGAAGUUCGUCCGUCUGGUGAAGGGAGGCCACGCCCACAGCCACGCCCACGACUCCCCCAAAGCCAAGGAGAGUGACGGGGAGGAGGAGAAGGAGGAGAAGGAAGGCAAAGACAAGAAGACGACGGUGAAGAAAGUAGAGACCCCCAACACGGAGAUCAAGGUGUCGGCCUACCUCAACCUGGCGGCCGACUUCACCCACAACUUCACGGACGGCCUCGCCAUCGGGGCGUCGUUCCUGGUGAGCCCGGCCGUGGGCACCGUCACCACGGUAACCAUCCUGCUGCACGAGGUCCCGCACGAGAUCGGGGACUUCGCCAUCCUGGUCCAGUCUGGCUGCACCAAGAAGAAGGCCAUGUGUCUGCAGCUGCUGACCGCCCUGGGCGCCAUGGCGGGCACGGCCUGCUCCCUAUUGGCCGAGGGCGUGGGCGCCGCGGCGACGGCCUGGAUCCUCCCCUUCACGGCGGGCGGCUUCGUGUACAUCGCCACGGUGACCGUGCUGCCGGAGCUGCUCUCCGGGCGCUCGAGCUUCGGCCAAUCGCUGAUGGAGAUCCUGGCCCUGCUGCUGGGGGUCGGGAUGAUGGUGCUGAUAGCAGAGUACGAGUAGA